AUGGCCGAACUACCAAAAGACCAGUUCAUAAAUAAGGUAGGGCCAGAAAUCCGAACGGCGAGGCUAAUUCUGCGGCCCCUGCGUGACACAGACGCUGAAGCUGUGUUUGACUUACGAUCCCGCAGCGAGGUCAUGGUCUGGAGCCAAACCAAACUGCCCGACCCCGACCUCCCCGCCACUCUGAGAAGAAUGUGUCGAUGGAAUGAAGCAGGCAAUCUGGGCAUGGCCAUGGUGGAGCUCUCCAACCCCAGCCGUCUGGGCGGAGUCCUUGAGUAUAACACGCGAGACGGUCGGAUGGAAGUAGGAUAUCUCAUCCACCCUGACCUCUGGGGGCGAGGAUAUGCCACCGAGGCUCUCAAGGCGGCGAUUCAGGCAUGGUGGGAGGGGUACGAGGCGGAUAGACCGCCGGAGGGCAUGGCAGACGAGCUGUACGCCGUCACGCACACAGGCAAUGUGCCCAGCUACCGGGUGUUGACGAAGUGCGGGUUCGAGAAGACAGAGGACUUUCAGGAUGAGCACGGCCCUGGAGAGCCACAGCACGCGGGCACAGAUACCCACGGAUCUCGAGCAGCUGCUGUGCUGUCCACCGCUGUCCGCAGCAUGCCGGAGCCAUCCCCCCAACUUAUCCCGGACCAACCGCCCGCCCAAUCGCAAUCGCCCCGUCUCAACAACUCUACCAAACUCCUCAUCGGCGGCUCGAUCUUCUUUGCGCUCUCUGCUCUCAUCACUCGUCGCUCUCUUUCCCGUCGACGUAUCGCAUCCAUCCCUCCAUACUACACCAGUGCGACCAACCACAAGCCGCCCGUCAAUGGAGCCAUGGAAGCCCUUGAAGCGCUCAACAUCGCGUCCAUCAAUGUUGUCAGUCUCGCCAUGCUCGGCGUCGGCGGCGCAAUGCAUGCUUUUGAAAUAAACACAUUGGAUGAUUUGCGGAGAAAGGUCCGCGGUGGCUUGGGCGCCGACGGGUCGGGCAGAAGCGAACAGCAGGUCGAAGAGGAGUUGGAGGAGUGGGUCGUUACGGUCCUGAAUAGAAAAGCAGAAAAAGAGAAAACAGGCCAGCGGACGGGCGAUCAGGGCGCCACAAACGAGAGAGGAAAAGAACGGUAG